GCCAAUACGUUAUUAAAGCAGCUAGACAAAAUGCUCUUCCUUACUUACAAUUAGUUAGCUGCCCAGCUGUAUUCCGAUUUCACUACGAGAAAUUUUCGGAAAGUUAUUUGAUUUACAGUUGUUAGCCACAAGCUUCUUUCUGGAAUCUUUUCAAAAUGUCGGACAGCGACAGCGAUUCGGAUAGCACGGUGCUGUAUUGCAGCGAGGUGAUGGAAGCCAGUCCACUGAGCAAUGAGUCCACCGGGUCCAUUGGCGCGGUGUCCCCGAAGCAGUCGCGUAUCGCCUACACGGCGCCCGAUGAGAAUCUGCACGGAAGUCGUGCUCUGAUGCGGAAACUGGAGGAGCAGGGCAUACCCCUGAAUCUGGAGAGCUGGGGAGCGAAGAUUAGCGUGCGUCGCAACAACUGGAUCCAUGCUAUGGGUGUCUACAUUAAACACAACUUUUCCCAAUCAUCCCUCCAGUUAGCCAUAUCCCUGAUGGACAGAUUUAUCAAGCGUUAUCGGCAGGUUUACAAUGGCAGUCUGGAUAAAGCUCCAUUAGAGUUUCUGUUUGAUGGUGCCGUUACCAUUGCCGAGCAAAUGGCUGACGAUGCGCCGGAGUAUACGCUGCGUAAAGUGUACGAAUCACCUUUAGACGGUGUCCCUCGACGACACGAAGAAAUUCAGGUGGCGAUGAAACUAAUUCUCCAGGUUACGGAUUGGGAAGUUAUAGACUGGACACCGGCUUCGUUUGUCCCGCAUUUCCUGGAAGCUGUGCAAUUAGGAUCGGAUGAGGCUUUGCACAGCCAUGUGCUAUCGGUUUCGACCAUGUUUGUGCUUGAUGAAAUCGUAUGCGCUUAUGUCCAUCCUUCGGCCAUUGCUGCUCUGGCGGUGGGAUUUCAGGCAUGGGUCGAUUUGGACGAUGGCAGUGGAUCGGUCAAAGGGGUUGCGUCAGUAGUGUUUUUCCAGCGAGUAAUCCAAACUCUCACGGACGUGGGAAGGAUGCAUGUUAAAUAUUUUGUGGAAAUGGCUGAUUUCGUGCUUAGCCGCUGUUUAGUAAACGGUUGGCAUACUAAAUUCCCUGCAAUACGCGCUACCGCCUUUGCUUUGUUGAUGAAAACAUUUUUUGGAGCCAUGCCUUUACUGGAGGCAGCCAGCGCUAAUCCCAAGCCAGUGCGGCAAGGAAAUCAGCGUUCACGUUAGAUCCACAAAACGUUACAAAGGAUUAUGUUUAGAGAAGUGACGCCAUAAUGGUCGAAUAUAUAUUAACCUCAGAAGACCGCACUUCCGCCUGGUUAACCUUUCGUGGUUCCGGAUUCCCCAGUUGUCAAAGUAGUCAGACUCAUAGAAAAAACUUAAGAAAUUAUUUCCUUGAGUGUACAUUUCUUGAAUUGUGUACAUUACUACGCAUCGCAUAUUGUAUAGACACAUUGUAUUUACAGUACGAGUACCUAUCUUGAGGAUUUAUGAUAAUUGGCCUGCUUGAAAGAAUUCAGUGUCCCUACAGAUUUAUGUUGAUUGUUGCGGUUGCUUUUAUUUACUUGCCUGCCUUGUUUUCUUGUCGUUGUUUUGCUUAAGCAUACCCGUUAUGUUACAUAACUUAUGUAACAUAACUUAUGUAUAACUUCUGAAUUUGUUUCUUGGGGGAGCGCAUGUAUGGUAUGUAAAAAAUUAUGUGGAAGAAUUUGCCUGUAUUUACGA